AGGCAGCUCGUGUAUAUGUGUGAUAGAUACACACAGUCUGGUGAGCAGAAGUUGAACGCACAGUCAGCGCGAGCGUGCAGAGGGCGGAGGUUCGGUCGUGGUUCCGCCUCCACAACUGUUUAUUGUCUCUAUAUCAUCCGAAGAGAGCCAGUGUCUGCGAAUUAACUGCUUUAUUUGGAACAAGACACGAGAUUCGUCAUCUCACUGGAUCACAUGACGCAUGUCAGUCUGUAAUGUCCAGCAGCGGCUCUGUGCGUCUGUGCGCAGGUCGUGACAGGUGUGUUACCUGUGGCUGCGAACGGCGGAAAGGGGGCAGGGUUGUUUUCAUCGCCGUGUGCUUUCUUCCGGCUCGGAUCACCGGCACGACGUCGAAAUGAAUCGCUGUGACCGCACUGUUUGAAGACUCGGGACCGUGAACGCGUCUGAAUGGCGGAACGCUCGUGAUAGCGGACCUUUAAAUCCACCGAACAGUUCGUGGCGCUUUACUGUAUGAAUGGGCUAAGACGCGCGCACCACUCCCUUAUCACUGACAAUACGCGCUCUCGAUACAGCGUUUAUUGAGCUCGAACAGCGAGUCUCUGACGCAUUACAGAACCGGGCUGCGGGCAGUAUGUGCGAGACGGUCAUGGCCGUUUGUCAGCUGGACACCGAGGCUCAUCCACCGGAGAACGGCUUCGUCACCCCCGAGACGAGCAGGACGCCCGAUAUACUUUCGCAGAUCGACGGCGGCGUCUUUGCCCGUCUGGGAGGCUUCGGGAGAUUCAUACAGCUGGUCGUUUUGACGUGCAUCCCGGCGAUAUUCAUCGGCUUCAGCCAGUUUUCCGACUAUUUCCUCCUCGGGCAGCCGUACAACACGUGCGCCCGUGUGCACGAGAAUAACAGCGACCCGUCGGCCGCUGCGCCCGCGUUCAGCGGCAUGAGUAAUGAGAGCAACGGCACCGAUCGGUCAUCGCAGUGCUUCUGCACGCAGUCGGAAUACAAGCUGGAAACCGGACUCGAGCAGAACGUUGUCACCAAGUGGAACCUUAUAUGUGACGCGGCCUGGAUAGUUCAUAUAGCCAAAUUCUCCCUCCAGGUGGGCUCCAUAUUUGGAUACUUGGUGUUGGGAGUGCUGGCAGACUGGUUUGGUCGUCACCCGGUCCUGAUCAUCUCCGUCUUCUUCAUGCUCGUGUUCGGCAUGACGGUGGCCUUCUCCGCCAACGUCCCGAUGUUCAGCACCCUGCGCUUCUUUGAAGGCUUUUGGUUAGCAGGCAUCACGCUGUCGCUGUACGCUCUGAGGAUUGAGCUUUGUCUGCCCCGCUGGCGUUUCUCCAUGACCAUGGUGGCUAACUUUGUGGCGUUGGCCGGGCAGCUGCUCAUGCCGGGACUGGCGGCCCUCUGUCGUGACUGGCAGGUUCUGCAGGUGGUCAUCAUCUGUCCACUCCUACUCAUGCUCUCCUAUAUCUGGAUUUUUCCGGAGUCUCUGCGCUGGCUGCUCGCUACUCAGCAGUACAGUCGAUCUAAAUGGAUCAUAGAGGGAGUCGCAAAGAAAAACAACGUCAAUCUGGAGCAGGACGCUGAAGAACUGAUGACGGAGCUAAACAGAGCCCUGCCAAAGCACUCCAAGAGGACGUGCAUCGUAAAAAUGGUUGGCACGAGGAACCUCUGGAAGAACAUCGUGGUACUCUGCAUCAACUCACUUGCAGGUUACGGGAUUCACCACUGCUUUGCACGCAGUAUGGUGGACCCAAACAUGGAGACAAUCACUAUGUUUCAUAACUUCUACACUGACUACUACACAAUGGCGGGCAUAGCCGUGGCGUCCUGCGUGGCGCUGUGCCCUGCCGUGAGCGUGAUGGGUCGGCGUGGAGGACUCCUCAUGUUCAUGAUCAUCACGGCGCUGGCGUCUCUUCUUCAGCUUGGCUUGCUCAACUUGUUGGAAAAGUACAGUGUUCCACUGAAUAUGGAUACCUCUGAUACGCUGAAGUCCAAUUUUUCAGUGGCUUUCUCCAUCAUUGGCAUGUUCUCCUCCCACGCUGUCAGCAACCUCAGCAUCUUCUUCUGUGCUGAAAUUACCCCUACUGUUAUUAGGGGUGGUGGUCUAGGUCUGGUCCUGGCCAGUGCUGGUUUCGGCAUGUUGACAGCACCCAUCAUGGAGCUUCACAACCAGAAAGGCUAUUUCCUACAUCAUGUCAUUUUCGCCUGCUGCACUCUUAUCUGCAUCAUCUGCAUCCUGCUGCUGCCAGAGACUCAAAAUCGUCCGCUACCAGAAACGUUGGCUGAUGGUGAAAGUUAUGCACGACAGCCGCUUCUGCCAACACGCAAGCCAGGGGAGCAACGUUCUCUGCUGAUCAAGUCUGAGAGCCGCGAGUACACGAGGGUUGGAGACACGCCUCUUCAUGAAGCAGCUGCAACUGCUAUUUCCACUAUGGAUUCUACUGCCUCAUCAGCCGUCGACCUCCCAACACUCCAUGAAGCGCCUGGUCCGUUACAAUUCAUAAGAAUGAAGAAAUUGGCUUCUACCCAAGAGCAAGAUGAAAUAAGGCAAACCAUUGACGAGUAUCCCACAUCUGUCAUCACGCUUGUGUCCUCUGCUCCAUCUGUGAAGGACCCUCUCCUCGGCUGUAUUCCAAACACAUCUACCCCAAUUAUUAUUAGUUCUGUUCGGGCAUCUAAAAUGGAAUCCCCCCCUGAUGUUAUCUUAGAUGUUUUGCCUUCUUCUACUGUGGACACUCCUUUGAUCACCGACCCAGUCUUAGAGUCCCUGACCCCAACUGCUUCGACUGCUAACGUCUUAUCCUCAUCGACUGAGGUUCUACCUCCGGCAUUUCUAGAUGUAGGUAUUCCUCCUAUUGCGCAAACUCCUGUGCCAGUUGCCAAUGACAGCAACUUCCAAGCUGAGAUGGACUCUUCAGGUCUGCUUCUUGACUCUCCAUUGCCUUCUUUGGUCAGUGAUUCUAACGUCCAACUUGCAGUGGACUCUUCGGAUACCCCGAUAAACGACAUCAUUCCUCUCUGCAACACAAACGUGACCGAUGCAUUACCCCUGUCCACUGGUCAAUUGCCCACACAACCUUCCUCAUCAGACUCUCCUGUUCAUCUAGUCAAUGAAAUUCCACCGUCUCCCCCAACAGAACUAUCAUUAGAUUCCCAGUCUGACCCGUCAAAUCAAGUUCACCACAUCCCAGCUGAAUCACUCUCCUCACCUAUAGAUUCUGGUAUUCCAAUACUACUCUCAGUUGCUCCCUCUGCGAUGGACUCCUUAGAAUCUGGCCCUUCUUCACCAGCUGUCCUCGAGUCUUCAGCGACCAUAAAUGAUGGUGCAUCUCUCCUUGCCACAGCAGACUCGAGCACAGCUCAUGCUAUAAGCACAGACUCUGUUACAGAUUCUGGUAUCCCGAUGAUUAUGGACUUAACCACUUCCUCACCGAUUGACUCAGGUGUACCUUCUGCUUUGGACUUGACUACCACAGAAACCAGCAAUACUGCCAAUGAAGUGUCAUCUUCAUGACAGACAGAUUCAUUAAGGCCGUAGGCAGCCUUAUUUGAAGAAGCAGUUCUCAUCAUUUGGAGGACUCGUUCUGGUCAUUUCAAGUGUCAAAGUACCCUAUGCUUUCCAGGAGCCAUGACAAAGGAAAAGCAAGAAAAGGUGAAGGUAUACAAUUAUUUGACGAAAGGGAUGAACCAUAAGCAGGUCAACACUCAAAGCAUCCGUGACUUGGUGUCCAGCGAUGCCGGUAUUUGCUUUUUGGGCAGUGUUAUCAUGUGUUAUCAUUGAGCUUCUAUUAUUAAAAACACUAGGACUACCACAGACAAGUUUUCACUGGAGUAACACUGGAAUCAACAACAGUCUGACUGCUAUCAAGUCUAUAAACUUGGCAGCAACUCUUAACAGUAUCCAUCAAGGGUAGUCAGUUACGAACAGCACUGAGUAUUUUUUUUUACAGCAUCUGUGAAGUCCAGUAAUAUGGCUACUUGAAAAUACACGAUAAAAGGUUUGUCAAGAAAAAUCCCUUCACUAAAGAUAAGGAGAUACAGUAUAUGCCUAAAGGGACUUACUCAGUAGCCAAACAUUGUACAUUUGAUGCUGAACGGUGUGCCAUGAAAGGCUAAAACCUUUUCAAAAUUAGGAAUCAUAUUAACUCUUCCGUGUUAAACGUACUCUACAUGUUUUUAUAAAGCUAAUCACCAGAUUCUGGUGGGGAUAAAGUAAUUUUAAGGAAUAUAGAAAAUACAGGCAUAGGACUAUUUUGUAAGUGACCCACAACAUGCUAAAUCAAGUGUAUGAAACAGAUUAAUUGUGAAUGUGAAAACUUUGGUGAAAUUUUGUAAUUUAUGCUGUUGUGGUACUGAUGUGGAGCUUUACAUAAAAAAAGGAAAAAGAAAAUGUUAUUUUGUCACUAUUAAUUAGUGUGCGCCCGUUACUUUGGGCCUUUGUUAGCAAAUCCGUGUGAAUGUAUGUGGCACUUUAUCUUUCACAAUGACAACAAAGCAUGUGAAUGUCUAAAACAACAUUUGUAAAAAAGUGAACAGAGAACAAAUAUCGAUUUGAGAAGGUGGUAGUUGUCAUUUUAUUUGUGGGACGGUUUACCCGCAGCAAUAACAUAUUUAUAAUAUUUGACUCUUCUGUUGUUGUUGUUGUGGGGUUAACCUUUUUGUUGUUGUUUUCCAUUGUUGUUUUUAGACAUUCACACUUAACAAGUACUCAUAGUUUUAAUUGGCCAAAAAUGGUUGACUUUGACCACAAGGUGCUCAAUGUAAUUGUACCACUAACAUCUUUUUAGCAGCAGGUUUCUUCUAAGUUUGAUGAAAGCAGGUUUUGAACAUUGCAAAAUCAAAAGAAAAUGCAUUAUAAAAUAUGGCAAUAAGAAUGUUUACCUGCACUCGAUAGCCAACAAAUGUACGAUUUUGUCCAAUGGUUAUGAAUAUUUUAAUCAUUUUAUCUUAAUAUAUUUUACCUCUGGCAAUACUAAUUGAUUAUUGAAAAUGUAUUAUUGCAACAGAGCAUGUAACAUGUUUAAGAGAAGGUUCUUAACCAAGAUUAUUCCAAGGACAGAGGAAUCGUCUGUUUUAUCAAAAUCAUCACGGCCUUAAUCUAUUUAUUUCCACAAAAGUAUUGAGAAUGACUUGUUACAUUUGAUACGUAGACGUGAGUCAUUGCUUUACAAGUUUUCAGGUCAAAGGGACUCCUUAGAGGAAUCCUAAAUCUCAUAAGAGUCGCGUACACAGAUGACUGGUUUGGCAUGCUUUUGGUUGUGUAUUGCCUAUUAGAGUCUCCAAGAAUGACAUUAGUUUGAAAAAUUCUGAAAACUUGUCAUUCAAUUGAAUGGACAGUUUAUAGUCCAAAUUAGUCGGUUCAUACCUGUAAUGAUAUCAAAAACAAGACUAGAGUUUGUAAAGAAAGCUCAGUCAAGAAACAGACUAUGCUCUUGUGUUGCUUAGGCAGUAAAUAACCGCAGAGAGCGCAACAGUUACCUUCAGAUGCUUCAGCCAUGUGUUGUUAUUCAGGUUGCUAACUACAGUAUAAACAUGUUUAAAUGAUCUGAUUUCUUGUCUCAAGUGUUUCUGAAGACGAGGAUCCACAUUAUGAAACUCGUGUGACCAGAAGCAUUGUAUGUUUCCCUUCUCUACCCUAUAGAGCAAACAUUUUAAAUCAGUCCAUUCUCUACAUCCACCAUGUUGAAGUCUCGGCUCAUAACUUGACAUUACACUAGACAACAAGAGCUUAUGAAUGUCAUAUUACAUCAAACAACAUUCUUUCCUGCAUGGUGCCCUGAACUAUGUAGAACCUGUUCAGAUUAAGUGUGAGACAGCAAUGAUGUAAGGACCCUUCUAUAGCCAACAUUCAUUACAUAAGUCUCAGUAUCACCGCCAACACAUCCAUACUAGAUUUUCUCGUCAAGUCAUCCUAAUAAGCACAAUAUUUUUUGGUAUAUGGCAUUACAAGAAUGCUGGGCGAGUGUGAUUUUUGCAUGCCAUGGAUGGCUGUUUGCAGUGGGAGGGAACAGUGUUUAGUGUUUUACUGCUGGCCACACAAUAGCUCCUCUUUUACCUGAACCACAUCAUAUUUACAUACUUCAAAGAUAUAUACAUAUUUUAUGUAUGUAAAUACUGUAAAGUAUAGUGGCCUCUUGGUUAUAAUAACUGUGGUAAUGCCAAAUUUGGUACUGCUUAGCUUUUCCGCAGCCAAUGGUCGGAUCAGUUUUGGAGCGAGCAGGACAUGUCAUGUUAGUUGUCCAACACAAACUAUUUCAAAUGCACGUGGUUUGUGACUGAGUAUACCUCAUGUACUUGAAAAGGGUAUUUAACAUGAGUAUUCAGGUCAGAAUGAAUGCUCAAAGAGUACUGGCACGAGAGUGAAUGUAAAAGACUAGUUGUUUGGGUUUCAUCUACAUUUUUUAACAUGAAUAAUGCUCUUGUAUAUAAACCCGUAUGUGUCGUAAUAUACUUUAUGGAAUAAAAUCUAUUUAUUGAUUACUGA